CUUCGAACAAGGUACGCCAGACGCUUGGCGUCGCGUUGCCGCACUCUUACUGAGCUGACGCUGCGUCCGCAGGACUUCGGCGAUGAGGAAUUCGAGAAGCUGGCCUACGCCAUGAUGAAAGUAGCGACGAGCCAUAUGGCCGCAAUCUUCGAGGCCUCGCCCGAGCUGCUACCGUGGAAGCCCAAGGGGCGUCUCAACGACAAGGUGAAGCAGUUCUGCAUGUCGGGCCGCGGCGGCCAAGCCGGCGUGGCGCGCUUCUACGAGGAGAGCAAGGGCGUCAAAAAGCGCACCGUCACGUCGUCCGCCACGCCGUCGCCCAAGAAGGCGAAGAAGGAGGAGGCCGCGGAGUCGGACUAGGAAUGCGGAUGCUGCAGGCAUCGCACUUGGCGGAGAAGAGAGCAGACGGACGAGGUGCGGGCGAAUGGGAUAUGAUCAUUCGUCCUCCUCC